UCUAACACUACGGCCCGCCCGCGACUCUCGCAUCCCUGCGCUGUGCGCUUGCAGCCUGCUAGCCAUCCUCCUCAUUCGAGAAUACAUACACCCUCAGGCCAGCACGAACACCGGCUGUCCGAAUUCGUGCAUUGACAUUCAGCUCAUAUCAUUGUUCAAUCUGACUUCCAAGCUGCGGUCAGUCCGCAUCUCCGUCAAUAAUGGUCAACAUGCUGAUCGUCCCUGAAACGCCGAGAUGAUUCACCGUUUUCCACCGAGUGCAGCGGCUUGCACGAGUCUCCAUAUGCGCUGUCAUGAGUGGUUAUCGCGCACAUUGGUUUCAGGAAGCUGCGCAGAGGCGAGCAGGCUGAGCAGCUUGCAGACAUUUCGCGUGGUCAUGGUGAAUACCGGCACUGUUCUUAGAUUCAACCGUUGCGUUGUUCUCUCGUACCGUCUGUCUAGUCGUGGCCAAUCUGCUGCAUUGAACAGAGCGUUUUCUACAUUUUGGAGUGGCGCGCCGUCGUUCAGGCCCGUUGAGAAGGCGUGCCCCGGAUGCAAGUUCAACCGCGAGCUACCGGUCGCGGGCGAUAGUAUCUCGCAGAAUCAGAUCCAGACCGGUUCAGAGUCCUUCGACUCGGCGCCGCCGCUGGAUAGUGUCAUCGAGGGGCUAAGGAAUGGGUGCGUACUUCACGGCGAGCUCGUGUGCUGCCGGGAAUUCUGAAGAGACCACGUUUGAGUAGUUGGUCCGUUUGGCAGGUGAGAUGGACUGGUUGUGAGACUGGUUGGGCCCUCCGUCGCUCGCCUUCGCUGUGUACCUUGUCCUGACCGCUCUGGCUCCCUUGGUGCUUGCGUGUAUUAUC